UGAAUUUGUUAAAUACCUUAGACAACAUAUAUGCAACACUUUGGGGCCUAUGAUUGAAGAAGAAAUGGAAAAAUGCAUGUCUGAUGAGAGUCAGAGUGAGGCGUGUGGCUAUGACACAGUUGUCCAGCAUGUUACCAAAAGAACGCAGGCGUCUAAAGAGUAUAAAGAAAUGAUGCAGACCCUGAAGAACCUCAUGAUGACGGUGGUGGAGUCUAUGAUUAACAAGUUUGAAGAAGAUGAGAUUCGAGGUCAAGAGAGGCAGAAAAAAAACCAAAAGGAGAAAAGCAGUUGUUAUUGUACAGACAAUUGCUCUGACAGUGAUUCUUCAUUCAAUCAGAGUUACAAAUUUUGUCAAGGAAAAUUGCAAUCGAUUUUAGACCAGUUGGAUCCUGGGCAACCUAAAGAGGUGAGAUACGAAGCCUUGCAAGCAUUGUGUUCCGCUCCUCCAUCUGAUGUCCUGAACUGUGAAAACUGGACCACUCUCUGCGAAAAGCUGGCAGUGUCUCUCUCUGAUCCUGAUCCUGUGUUUAGUGACCGGAUUUUAAAAUUCUAUGCACAGACAUUUACGCUUUCACCAUUACAUAUGACCAAGGAGAUUUAUACAAGCUUAGCUAAACAUUUGGAGUUACACUUUCUUUCUAGAGAAAAUCAUAUUCCUACUCUUUCAGCUGGUGUAGAUAUAACUAAUCCUCAUGUGAUCCGGUUACUUAAAAAGGUUCGUCUUCUAAAUGAAUAUCAGAAAGAGGCUCCAUCUUUCUGGAUUCGUCAUCCAGAGAAAUAUAUGGAAGAAAUUGUGGAAAGUACUUUGUCCUUGUUAUCAGUUAAGCAUCAUCAAAGCCAUCUUGUCUCACAAAAGAUUUUGGAUCCAAUCUACUUUUUUGCAUUAGUUGAUACCAAGGCUGUAUGGUUCAAAAAGUGGAUGCAUGCACAUUAUAGCAGAACUGCAGUACUAAGACUUCUUGAAAAGAAAUACAAGUCUUUGAUAACUGCAGCAGUUCAGCAGUGUGUUCAGUACUUUGAACUGUGUAAGACCAUGAAAGCUGAUGAAACUUUGGGACAGUCAAACCAUAGUAGGGACAACCAGAAAACUUUCUACUACUUAGGACAAGAAUUACAAUAUAUUUAUUUUAUUCACUCCCUGUGCCUUUUGGGAAGAUUAUUGAUCUAUACACAGGGCAGAAAACUAUUUCCUAUAAAGCUGAAGAAUAGAAAAGACUCAGUAUCCCUUACAGAUCUGCUAAUUCUGUUCAUUCAACUUAUCUAUUACUCACCAAAUUGUCCAAAGAUGACUUCAGCUGCACAUUCAGAGAAUUACUCUCCUGCAAGUAUGGUGACUGAAGUUCUGCGGAUACUCUGUGAUCAAAAAGAAUGUGCAGUUGAAUGCUUAUAUAACAGCACUGUGGUAGAGACACUUCUUCAGCCUAUUCAUACUUUAAUGAAAGGAACUAAGGAUGCUCCAAAUUGCUCUGAGACAGCUUUAAUUCAUAUAGCUGAUAUUUUGGCAAGAUUUGCAUCUGUAGAGGAAGGACUUGUUUUACUUCUUUAUGGGGAAAAUAUGAACUCUUCCAAAGAAGAAAGUCUUACAGGUGCUCAUGUAAUUGCCCAGUUUUCAAAACAACUUCUUGAUGAAGAUAUUUCUCUGAUUUCGGGAUCGGAAAUGUUGCCUCUGGUUAAAGGAGCUUAUAUUUCUGUGUGCCGUCAAAUAUAUAGUACGUGCGAAGGCUUGCAGGUGUUAAUUCCUUAUGGUUUGCACGAAUCCAUAGCAGAGGCGUGGAAGAAGACAAGUUUGCUGUUAGAAAGAAUUCCUACUCCAGUAGAGGGUGCUGAUUCUGUUUCUUUAGUAAGCCAGGAAUCUCAAAACAUUAUGGCUUGGGAAGAGAAUUUGUUAGAUGAUUUACUACAUUUUGCUGCCACCCCCAAAGGAUUAUUGCUUCUUCAAAGAACAGGUGCUAUCAAUGAAUGUGUGACGUUUAUGUUCAACCAAUAUGCAAAAAAAUUACAGGUCAGCAGGCAGAAAACAUCGGGCUAUGGAGUUUUGGUUACACAAGUGGCGUCAACAGCAGUAGGAGCCACAGCCCUGCGAGAUUCUGGGUUUAUUACUGGACUUCUGAGUGAAUUGUGGUCCAGCCUGGAGUAUGGAAGAGAUGAUGUUAGAGUAACCCAUCCCAGAUCAACUCCCGUGGAUCCCAUUGACCGAAGCUGUCAAAAGUCUUUCCUAGCACUGGUGAACUUAUCGUCCUAUCCUGCUUUCUAUGAGCUUGUAGGCAAUCAAGAUCUUCCUAAUAAAGCAGAAUAUUCUCUUCGUGAAGUCCCAACAUGUGUUAUUGAUAUUAUUGAUAGACUUAUAAUUUUGAACUCUGAAGCUAAGAUUCAUUCUUUAUUCAACUAUGAACAAUCACACAUCUUUGGUCUAAGGGAUUUUAUAAUUGAUGGCUUGUCUGUAGAGAGAAAUCACGUUCUUGUUAGAAUAAAUCUUACCGGUGGGCCAUCAGAAAGGAUUUUACCUCCAAGGAUGCUAGAGAAGGGUGAUGAUCCAUAUCCUUGGCCAAUGUUUUCAUCAUAUCCUUUACCAAAAUGCUACCUGUUAGAGGUUACAAGAAGUGCUCAUAUAAAGCAAGACAGUGAUAUUGGAAAGCUUUUAUCACACUUCAAAAUGUCUGAUAAACAAGCUGAAUGGAUAGAAAGCUGCCGAAGACAAUUCUGCAAAAUGAUGAAGAGCAAGCCUGAUGUAAUCAGUGGAGGCGCGUUAGUAGAAAUGCUUGAAAAUUUUGUCCUUCAUCUCACUGAAAGCCCAUCUGAAUGCUACUUCCCCUCAGUGGAAUAUACAGCUACUGAUGCAAGUGUGAAGAAUGAAAGUCUUUCAUCUGUGCAGCAGCUUGGCAUUAAGAUGACUGUCAGGUAUGGCAAGUUCCUUGGCCUUUUAAAAGACAGCGCAGAAAGUGAUCUUACCUUGGUUCUGAAGCACUGUGCAAGAUUCCUGAAACUGCAGCAAACUUCUGUGAAAUCGUCUCUUCUGGGCCUGCGGGGCGGGUAUGCCGGCCACGACUGGUUUGCGUCCUCGCUCUUCCUGAUGCUGUCGGGGGACGGGGCGAGAACCUUCCGGCUCCUCCGGCGCUUCUCCCGGCUUCUGGCCUCGGCUUUCCUGUGGCUGCCGAGAACGCACGUCUCUAGAUACUUACCUGUAGACACUGUGGCGUCUGGCAUCCAUCCGGUACAUUUCGGCAGCCUGCACUCUGUGGAAAUGCUGCUGAAGGCUGAGUUGCCCCUUGUGUUUUCAGCUUUUUGCAUGUCCGGUUUCGCACCUUCACAGAUUUGUCUGCCAUGGUUAACUCAGUGUUUUUGGAAUUACUUAGACUGGAUAGAGAUCUGCCAUUAUAUUGCUUCUUGUGUUUUCCUUGGUCCUGAUUAUCAAGUGUAUAUCUGUAUAGCUAUAUUCAAGCAUCUACAACAGGACAUUCUACAGCACACUCAGACUCAAGAUCUACAAGUUUUCCUAAAAGAAGAAGCACUGCAUGGAUUUCGAGUGAGUGAUUAUUUUGACUACAUGGAAAUUCUGGAGCAGAACUACCGACCAGUGGUGCUGCGAGAUAUGCACAACACCAAAGUGCAGAGCACAUAAGUCAGGAGGUGCAGUGCUUGGAUGGACGCUUUGCUUGUUUUCAGAGGCAACAAGGGGACUUGACUGUUUUCUGUCUGUAUUUGUAACAUCUUGUGCUUUGUGAGUAUACACAUUGUAAACCAAUACUGAGAGGUUUUCAAUAUAGUAAUAUAUUCAAGUAGGUAUUAGCUCAAUUUGUGAAUUCAUUUUUGUGUUUUUAGCUUGUAAGUUUGUUUUAGAAUCAGAUCUAGCUCACUUACAGUUUUUUGGUUUUGUCUUUUGAGUCAGUAUCUCACUCUAUCUCCCAGACUGGAGCACAGUGGCA